AUGUUGGAAGCAGUCGCCGUGCGCGCACGCCGCGUCGCGGCGUGGCCCAACGUGCUGCAUUUCUUGCUAUUCGUCCUGUCCCUGUCGCUGGCAUUCAGCUCAUACAACGGCACUCUCUUUGGAUGGCACCCUUUCUGCAUGGCUAUCGGGUACCUCUUUUUCAUGGGGGAGGGCCUCAUAUCGGCGUGGGCCAUACGCACCACGGCCGGGGAGGAGCGGCUGCGGGGCCUCGACAUGCAUGCGCUAAUGCAGCUGCGCGCUGUCGUCCUGAUAGCCAUCGGUGCGGGCGUCAUCAUCCACAACAAGAACCUGAACCACAAGGCCCACUUCAAGACGCUCCACGGAAAGCUGGGGCUGCUGACGCUCGUCUUGACUGGCCUGUCGCCGCUGCUGGGGGCGAUCUCCUUCCGCAAGCUGGGCCUCCUCCAGCGGUUCCCAGAGCAGUGGCACUCGCGACUAAAGAAGGCGCACAGAGUGGCAUUUGCGACGCCGGCGUGGCAGGUGGGGACGGCCGCGGCCGGAGGGCUAAUGGUGACGCUGCUCUACGGCCGCAUCCGGCGCCAGGGCGUCCUCAAGGGCGUGUAA